AUGAAAAAGAUUAAUGAUAAUAAGAGUUCUGUCGGUAGGCAUGAACUUGAAAUAAAUGAGAUAGAAGAGAAAUUAGCCGAAAAAGCAGAUAAAAACCAUGUUCAUUAUAUAAGUUCAGACGAACAGAUUAUAACGGACUAUCAUGGAUAUUUAACACGAAGUGAUGAAGCGAAGACAAAAAAUGUUAAUGAAAGAAGAUAUAAAUACAUUCGUGCUAAAGGUUAUGACAUAAGCUGUACUGUACAGUAUGAUGUAGCUAAAGCACCAGAAGCAUUUGGUUAUACCGGUGAAAUUUAUGCCUCUACUUUCAAUGUUAACGGUGUAUUAGUUGAACCAAGAUUUACUUUGAGAGUUAAGUCAAAAAUAACGUUUGAAGAUGCUAUUAAAAGUAAAGCUGACAAAGUUGAACUUGAAGCAAUGAACAAAGUUUUGAAAUCUCAUAAACACAACAUCUCCGAUAUAAAUGAACUUCAAACUUCUUUAGACAGUAAAGCUGACAAGAACCAUACACAUAAAUCCUUCACUACUGUUAGAGCAGACGACAUAAUAUUGAACUUUGACCUUGGUUCAAGUGCACCUUUAGAGAAUCCAAGUACAAGCGUAAAAGAUACUCUUAACAAUUUAGAUAAGAGUUGCAGGAAUACCGAAGAUCAUGCCAGAAACUUUGAAGCAUAUGAACUACCAGCAAUGUUAGAUAAGAAAGCUGACAAAACUUAUGUGGAUGCAGAACUAAUAAAGAAAUUUUCGAAACCAGAUACAAUGACAUUUACAACAGAAAUUAUAAAUGGUGAACCAACAACUCCAUUUGAAUUUAUUAGAGGUCUUCAACCAGAUACUUUUGAAUUUUUCUUGGAUAAUUCUAUUGAACUAACAUUACAUUAUAAAAGUGGAACAAAUGCAACAUUUCAUCCGGGAGAUACAUUCCAAAUGGUAUUUAAUGACAUAAGUUCUUUAGAAUAUACUUAUAGAGUUAUGAGCAUAUAUGAUUUAAUAUAUCCUAUAGGAGCUGUUUAUACGUCUAUGAAUCCAAUAAAUCCAAACACUUUAUUUGGUGGUAGAUGGUAUGAAAUAGUUGACA